AUGUCACCUACCCGCACGGUUCAGUACUUCCUCGUUGACGCCUUCGCCGAUGCCCCCUCCCGCGGCAAUCCCGCGGGCGUAGUCAUUCUUUCCAACCCGCUCAGCGAUGAGGAGAUGCAAACGAUCGCUCGCGGGCUGCAUGCCCUGCACCCAUCAGCUCAUACAUCCCAUCACGCUCACAGCGAAGUCAAACUGUCCAAGACCGCCUUCGCCGUCCGCAAAUCCGAUUCUGCCACCGUUACCGCUUACUCGCUGCGAUGGUUCACGCCGGUCGCCGAAGAGAGCUUUUGCGGACACGCAACGCUCGUGACGCUCGCGACGUCGCACAUCCUGUUGACGCAGGAAGAGGUCCAGCGAAACCUAUCGUUCUCGACCCUGUCUGGCGUGCUGACGGCGGAAAGGCUGCUCAACGGGUACAUCGAGCUGAACCUCCCUGCCGACGACUUCGUCGAGGUUGGGAGCGAGUACGUUGCUUUCAAGACGUACACAGAGGCGGUAUCAGAGGCGUUCGAGGGUAAGGCGACGCUCAAGCGGGCUGUGCAGGGUAGACUCGACGUGCUGCUCGAGCUCGAGUUGGCCGACAACGUCCACCUUGCAGACGUGGACAUCAUCGAAUCCGCACUGGCACCGAUUCUGACCCCUCGGACAGUCAUCCUGACCACCCUGCUCUCCACGGACCUACAAGGCACCCAGCCGCACGUCCACUCUCGCGUGCUGCCUCUCGCUGACAAACUCCCUGAGGACCCUGUAACAGGGUCUGCGCAUUGCACGAUUGUCCCGUUCUUCGUGCCCCGUCUCAUCGCCGCCGCAGGGAGUCAUUUGGAGAUGGAAGAGGUGGAGCUUCGGGCGACACAAGGCAGUGCGAAGCGGCGCGGAGAUCUGCGCGCUGUGUGGGACGGCAAAAGCGGUAAGGAAGGCGGUCGCGUCAAGCUUCGAGGCAAGGCAUUCACGGUUGCCGGGGGUGAUUUCAUUUUGAACGCAUGAUACUCGACGUGUCCAGGAGAACGCGAGAGUGUAAACCUGGUCGAACCGGCCAUACCUACCAGGGCUAUGUCAUUGUGCAUGAAGGCGUAACGGUGGCGCAACGCAGCAGAUACAAUGUACAGCAUAAACAAGCGCUAAUUGGACGUCCCCCAAUCC